CCAGGCAACAUAAAUCUCACCGUAGAACACUACUGUACUGUGCAUGUAAGCCGUUUGAAUCGUUAUUGAAAGGGACCAAAAUGGCGUCGUUUGUUUCCAUCGCUCUGGUCAUGCUGUUGAUUGUCAGCACCAGUGCCCAAGGAUACGGUCAAGCACAGCUGCACAUCAAUGGCGCGAUUACAUACCAAGGUUCAACAGAAGGCUGCAAUAAUUUCGGAACUCCAAGCAGUCCGGCACUGUCCUGCCAACAUGUCAAGGAUGUGUGCCCUGAGGCAGCCAGUGACUUCUACUACAUCGAGAGCGCUGGGCUCUAUCGAAAGGUGUUUUGUGAGAUGGACAUUGAGGGCGGUGGGUGGGCCCGCUACGGCAGGUCCAACCAAGGAACCGUCUGGAACUAUGUCGACGAAGACGCCACCGAAAUCACACUCGACAUCAUCUCCCCUUCCGAAGUCAAAGAGAUGAUUGAUCUCAAAUACAAUAAUUUCCUGGUCCAAACUGACGUUGUCUUCAAAAUGCAGGCAGAUGACAGCAUUAACCCAUCGCGUCUCACUACACGAUCCCUUCCUUGGCUUGUUGAUACACCUCUGUUCAUUCCUGAUUUCGGCAACGACCAUACCCGUAUUGAAUUUCCGUCUGGCUUUGUUGAUCGAGUGACCUGCAUUCCAGGGAGUACAAGCAAAUGCGGACAAGGGGGAGGGCUACCACCUGCCAAUGGGGUUUCCAAACCCUUCUUCUUCCAGUCGCUCUUCUUCUCGCCCCGGGGUACAGGGGCAAGUGCCCACGCUGAUCUGUGGAGACGCAACAAGUACACCUGGAACGGAAGCUACUAUUACGUGUAUGCCAAGUAAUAAGUUGUUAGAAAAGUAAAACAAAAAACAAUUAUGAAACCUUGUUCUAGAUAAGAAUGAUGUCGUAUAAAUCUAUCACGAUUUCAUUUUUAGUAAUGUGUAUUAGUACAGAUUAAAAUGUAACUCAACAAACGAAGGGUGAAGCACUUUCAGCCUAAAUGAAUUGUAAAAAUGAGUUUUGUCAAUUAAUCAAUUUUCAGGUACUUUGUACUUUCCUAUUAUGUUCAUAUGGAAACGGAAAUAGAUAAAUAAAAUAAAAUAAAAUAAAAUCUAAUCUAAUCUUACGACAUAUUUUCCACCAAUAUUAAAUACAUCAAAGUUUGGGAGAAGUGGACGUUUUGACGCAUUUGUGGGACUGUAAGAAUUGAAUAGUAAAGAUUUAGAGCGGAUUAAAGCCGAUUAAUAAAGGAUUUUCGAAUUGAAUUGCA